AUAAAGUGUACAGGCUUUACACAAGCAACAUAAACUAUGGAACUGAAAAAUAUCACUUUUGGCGUGAUGUUUUGAAACACCCUUGCCAUCAGGCCUGCAUUGAACUUUGGCCUCAAAAGCCUACACGGUACAGGUAAAUCAUAAGGUGACAUUACAGAACUAUGGCUUCGACUAUUUGUUUCUUCUUCAUUAAUCCAUUAAACCCUUCAUUGGCAGAGAUGUUAUAUGGUCAUUUUCGGUUGAAGCAAAGAAGCUGGGGUUGAUGAUUUUGGAGUUGCUAUGUGAGGGCUUAGGGCUCGAAUCCGGGUACUUUGAGGACGAUCUAAGUGAAGCUUUGCUAUUAGUAGCUAACCAUUACCCGCCGUGCCCGGAUCCGAGCAUGACCCUGGGGUUACCUAAGCAUUGUGACCCUAAUCUCAUAACAAUCCUACUCCAAGGAGGUGCCUAUGGGCUCCAAGUCUUCAAAGAUGGACAAUGGAUCGGUGUUCAGCCUCUGCCUAAUGCUCUCGUGGUUAACGUAGGACUCCAGUUACGGAUUGUGAGCAACGGCAAGCUGAAGAGUGUCGAACAUCGCGUCGUGACCAACUCGAAGGUUGCUCGAACGACUGUCGGAUUGUUCAUCAGUUCUUGCGAAGACAGCGUAAUACAGCCUGCGAAAUCUCUGACCAGUGCAGCCGAGCCGCCAUUAUACAGACCUUUUCGAUACAAAGAGUUUCUGAGUUACCAUUCUCGAUGAUGGGGGACACUGAGUAAACUCUUCAGCCUUUUAAGGUUUCCAACCAAUGAUCAAAGUGUGCUUUGAUGAUCAUGAUCAUGGUUUGAAUUAUAAUUA